GGUAGGUAUUCGUUGUAUUGGUCUGGCCGCAUACACCUACGUAAGGUACCCGUCUACAUAAUGGCGGCUUGAAGGUGACCCCGAGGACCGGGCACCAAAAACCAAACACAGCCCACUUCCACUUUCGUACUAUGUAAUAAGCAGCAAUUGCUGCCAGGCACGAAUUGAAAACUAUCGAUAAAUUGGAACUGGCGAAGAACUUCCUCUCUCUUCUUUCUUUUCUAGCAUAUUGAUGUUAAUGUUACAAAAACCCGGCCAUCGAGAAUAGGUGUCAACUAUCCUUAGUCGACGACUUUAUUCGAUUCUUCCCUCACCCCCUGGCCUUCUUCUUACGGUUGCUGUGACAUCACCCCCACUCAUUCAACUUUACUCCUUGUGACACUAUUCACCUUUUCAACUAUUCAACUAUUCAACCACUUUUACUAUUCUAGUAUUUUAUUUGGGCACCUAACUAGUAUUCAAAUAUUCCCGUUGAAGUUCGACGUCGAAGAUAAACGGAACCGACUGCUCUACAACACCUUUCCUCCCCCUGAAAAUGGCUUCGUUAAAUCUUUCUAUAAACGGCCCCUCGAUCAAGAGUAGUUACCAGGGUGUUGUUAACGCCCCUCCUCCGCCUUCUGGUAGUUCUUCUACAUACGGUCAAUGGGCUCUAUUCUACGUACAAGCCCCCUUAGCCAAUGCUUUCCAAGAUACCGGAAACAAAGAAAGUAUUUUGAAGGUUCAGUCAACCGGCUCUGGUGAGCUAGAGGAUCUUAUUGAGGACUUCAGCGAAGGUCGUAUCCAAUUCGCCUUCCUUAAGGUUAAAGACCCAAACACAGGUCUGCCUAAGUAUGCCUUAAUCGCAUGGUGCGGUGGAGGUGUUCCCGAGAGGACGAAAGGUUACUUCACGAGUCAUUUAAAUGCUGUUUCUAAAGUUCUUCACGGAUACCACGUACAAAUCACAGCUCGCUCCGAGACCGACCUCGAACCUGCGAACAUUCUUCAGAAAGUCGCCGAUGCGUCCGGUGCCAAGUAUACAGCCGGUGGAAGUGCACCUGUGCAGACUGGAGGAGGUCCCCCUCCAGUAAAGUCGAAGCCUGUCUUCUCUACAACUUCCAGCUCGUCCAGUAACCCAAUAGUCGCUGCACGAAACGCGAGUCUACGAAAGAAGGAUGACGACGGCUGGGGGGACGCACCACAAGUUUCGCGGACCGAGCUUGAAAAGGUGGAGCCGGCCUAUAAGCCAACCAAGGUUAACUUAGCCGAGUUGACAAGCCAGAAGCAAGAGCCCUCAAGAUUCAACGGCACGAGCCAACAAGACGAUAGGCCUAGGGAUGUAAUCGGAGGCGGAUACCAACCUGUUGGAAAGGUGGAUAUCGCUGCUAUUCGGGCUGCAGCAAAGAACAAGCAAGACGACCGACCAGUACCAGUUAAGGGCGCUUAUGAGCCCGUGGGCAAGGUUGACAUUGCAGCAAUCCGAGCAAAGGCACAGAAGCCUGCAGAAUCUGAGCCUGCAGCUGAAGCCGAUGAACCGCCAAAGCCCCUAGCAGAACGAAGUGCAGUGUUUAGCCAAGCCGAGCGUAUCACAGAACUCCCCAAGCCUAAGGUGGCAAAGAAAUGGGGUGGCGCAUCUACAUUCACAGGCACAAAGGCACCUACUCCUGGCGCAUUGGGUUUGGGAGGCCCUUCCCCAACACCUGCCACACCUCCAGUUGGAUCGGCCAGUCGAACAUUCGCUGAUCAAGGAGGCAAAACGCCUGCCCAGAUUUGGGCCGAAAAGAAGGCUAAACAAGGCUCUGUUUCUGGAAUCAGCAACCCUCCAGCGGCACCCGUCGUACAGCAAAAUAGCGGAGGAGCAGGGUGGCAGAGCGGUUAUAAAGGAAAGAGCUGGGCACCUGUUCAGACGGGAACAUUCAGCCGCGGCAUCCCGGGGCAGAAGACUGGCGAGACGGAGACUAGCCAAGAGGCACCGACGUCUCCAGCGGGAAGCGUUGGUGCCAUACGAGACCGUUUCAAGGAGGCAACUCAAGUCAUCUCGCCCGCCCCGGCAGCGCCAAAGGUUCCAUCCCCUGCCGAGGAUAAUGAGCGAGCACCGCCUCCGCCGCCCUUAGCCUCCCGGCCUUCGGAUGGUGCCCCUCCGGGCGGUGUCGCGCUUCCCGGUAUGCCCCCACGCCCUCCUCCAGUUACAGAUCAGGAAGAAGAGGCCGAACGAGAACAGGAGCAGGAAUACCAACGAGAACCGUCUCCUGUUCGCGUGGCUGUGCCUGUCCCGCGUGGGCCUGAGCCUGAGAUUGAGCCGGUGCAUGAACCUCCCCGUUCGCUUCCCGUUCGACCGAUCGAGCAAGAACUCCCCAGGGAGGAAGAGCUACCUGCUGAAGAGGAUGCCCACGAUCCUCGCGCAGCUGCUGCAGCUGUUGCAGAAGCUCAAUUUGGUCACGAGCAAGUGGCAGAAGCACCUGCGGCUUCUAGCGGAGGCAAACGUGCCCUAAUCCAAUAUGACUACGAGAAGGCCGAGGAUAACGAAUUAGAGCUUCGCGAAGGCGAAUACGUCACUAACAUAGAAAUGGUGGACGAGGACUGGUGGAUGGGUACCAACGCUCGAGGCGAGACUGGCUUAUUCCCUAGCAAUUACGUCGAACUGGUCGACGACGAAGCGGAAGAAGCAGCUGCGGCCCCUACAGCCAGCCAUCAAGCGCCUCCGCCUGUACCUGCCGCCGAGGCUGAACCCGAGCCAGCAGCGGGCGGUGGACACACCGCUACAGCCCAGUUCGAUUACGAGGCUGCCGAGGACAAUGAACUGAGCUUCCCUGAGGGAGCUAAGAUUACCAAUCUUGAGUUCCCCGAUGAGGACUGGUGGUUCGGUCACUACAAGGGAAACUCUGGUCUGUUCCCUGCCAAUUAUGUGCAGCUAGAUCAGUAAUUUAUUUACUACUUAUUAUCUUCGCCGACAAAACGAUGUCACGACGAGUAUGACAGCAACCGUUGAUUUGGAGAGUUACCUAAACAAGAAGCAGUUGAGAACAACUUACCGAAAACUUCCGUCGAGAAGAGUUCAUUUUAUUUCUUUGUUACUUUUUUUUCGUAGUUAGCUGAAUAAGAAAAAAAAAAAAAA